AUGGCGACUCCAGGAGCAACGCAGGCCCUUUUGGGCGCCUUCUUUUUUGGUAUCUUGUUCAACGCGGCGUCGGCUGCCCUGGUUUUGUAUGUCAUAGGGCAUGGUUCGGCUAUCUUUCGGGACGGCCUGAGGCUGGUCCUCAUAUUAUUUCUCGCGUCUUCUGCCGCUUGGGCCCUUGUCGAAUUCCUCUCGACUAUCAUCGAACCGACCGCCGCAUCCACGUGUCAGGUCGCAGUAGUAUUUUCGUCUGUCUUCGAUCAGUUGGGCAGGGUUUUCAUCGAACAAUACCUAGUAUGGGCGACACGAGCGGAGAAAACGAACACGGCCGUAAGCCUAAUGCCGCAAAUACUCGUCCUUGGUCGAUUCGGUGUCGGUAUGGCGUUUAUAGGAUUGACGGGGAGCGAGUUCAACCCUACCUGCGUGUCCGUAUCCAAGGUUCUGCCCAUUGCCGCUACCGUUAUCGUAUUGGAUGCCGUCAUUCUUGUUCUGGUAGCUAUUCGAACUCUGUCGAUGGGUUCAGCGAAGAAGGGUGUUGCUGUCGUAACUAUUGGUCUAACAAUAUGGACAGGGACGAGCGUCGUCCUUCUCUUGGGUAUGAAAGCGACCGAAUUAGUGCUCAAGACAACACUUCCGGCACUUGGUCUAGCGGUAUUAGUUGCGCUCGUUACCGUACUCUCGGGAACACUUGUUACUCCGCGAGGACCACCCCCAAGACGACCUGACUCCCCAACUGCCGGAGUUAUCGGGGGAAAUAGAGAUAUUUCGUCUUCGGAUACUGUAGACUACCCUCCGACUCGCUACGAGGAUGUUAAGGACAUGACUACAAUGGCUAUGACGGCAUAUGCCUCUCGAAAUGAUGGUGCUAUGCCUGUAAUAUCGAUGCCUAUCACUCAGAUGUCUGGCGAACAGAAAAACGCGAAGAAGGUGGUUAAAGGGAACGUACGAGCCAAGGGCGCAGGCAAGUUGGUAAUCUCAAACCCGGUUCUUGUUGAACAGGAAGGUAUGGGGAAUCCCCUUGACAAGAUACCAACGGUCGAUCUUGCUACGGCUGCCAAUUACGAAAAGGAACGUCGAAUCAAACUAGCACAACGCGGGUCAACUCUCAUCGCACAGCGACCAGCUCCUCAACCGCCGAAUGUUUCGGGACAAGAGGGAAUGCUUACUAGGGGGAUGAGUAUGAAGCGGAAAGAGAUUCCGCCAUCGUCUACUCCAGAAUUGGCGAGAUCCAUUUCGACUAAGACAACUAAGACAACCGGAGGAUUAUCAGUUGAGGCAAAUGCAUCUUCCACGUCGUCAGAAUUAUCACCCGGUACGGAUAAGAUGAGGAGGAGAUCGCCACGCCAACCUCCUGCACCGCCAAUGCCCUCGAAAUUCCAACCAAUUCGACCUGGUGAGCCGGUUCGUAUACCGAUUCCACGACCUCGAACGCCGCCUGAAUCACCAAAGUCUCCGGAACCAGUGAAAACUCCGCUCCAGCGACGUCCAACGAUAGGACUCCCGUCAAAUCCCCGUGCGCAAGCAAUGAAAUCGAUAGCUAAAGAGGCUGAGAGCCAGAGGCAGGAAACAGUAAUGUUCAUUAACAAUAUUGUAUAUGAUGAUCCAAAUGCUGUCAACAAUAUCAUGCAGAGCGCUUCGAAAACCCCGAUGACGUCCCUUGACUCUGCCGACUCAGUUGUUAACCGUCCUCGCCCGAUCCCCCGAAAAGGAGACAAGGAUCGUCAGGUUUUCCCCGCUGAGCUCUCCCCUAGCCACAAACGGUCCAAAUCGGGAGGCUCAAUUGGAAGUAGGAAAUCUAUUCUCCAAUCCAUGCCUGGAAGUCCUACACAACUGCCACCUUUACCGCCACCGCCUAAAAGUGCAGGUAGUGCCAUUUCGCGAAGCCUUUCUAAUGGUGCUAAGAGUAUGACAUUCGAUGAGAAAAUGGAUUUCUUGUAUACAACCCCUCUAAGCGCCCCUUCAACCGGAGCUGCCAACAGACGGCGGCCCGCAGUACCUGAGAUGCCCCCUUUGCCGCCGACGUAUAUGGCGGAGAUGCGACGAGCUGAGCCUGUGGCUGCUCCUGAUGUUGAAGUAACUAGUGAGAGGAGAGUGUCGAAAACAACCGACAGGAGCUCAGUACGAACUACCAGUAUUCUCGGCAUUGAGGAUAUCCCUCAAAGACAAAUGCCAAAGGCCGAUAUCUCUCGGAAUGCGGUCGAUGAAUUAGGACAAUCGUGGCUCCCAGGAAUUUCGGUCGGAAACGAAAGACAGCAACAAGUGUCCCGUGAUAGAAUCAAUCGCAAAUCCUCCCCCGUUAUCCCGGCAGGGAGCCAUUUUAGCUUGGCUUCGACGAGUGAAGUUAAAGCCCAGAAUGAAGACGUGGGUUCUCCUUGGGGUUCGGUACACUCCCCGGUUGCUCCAGUCCAUGUUCAGCAAUCGCGAUUAAACGCCCACUCGACGUAUAUUCAAAAAGAUAGCCGCAGCUCUGGGGAACAGACCGAGAAAAGCACGCCUCCUGAUACCCCUAGUAAGAGCAUGGAAGUAAUUCCUGAGAAUGACCGAGAAUCACCUAUCGCACUCGCUGUUGAGCCCGCCAAUCUAGUUAGUUUCCACCAUCGAGUCGGCGAAGAGUGUCCGGCGUUCUCUACCAGGAAAGACAAGGGACGGCUUAGAAAAAUGCCACCUCCGGCCCCUUUAAUUUUAAACGGGAGAAGCACUAAAAGAGCUGUAAUAGUGCAAGCUGCGGAGCCUUCGCCAGUUGAGUCACCCGAAGCUGCUUAUCAAAUGAUUCAAGCCCAGCUACAGCGGUUUGAACAACCAAAUCGGGACUCGGUAGGGAGUCAAGGACAACGCCUAGCACUAUUGGAGAAUCUGGAGCGUGAAAUGGGUCAGCUGGAAAAUCAAUGGCAAUCCUCACAAAACCGUCUUGACCGUGACUCUAUUUCAACCAUUCGGACUUCGAUAUCUAGAGAUUCUCGACCGCCCUCGAUUGCUGAACGUAGAGCAUCUCGAAGAGAAUCUCUGCGCAACAAGGCUAUUCGAUCUAAAGUUGGAGAUGUCACUGGUACGCCUUCAUCUCAAAGCUCUGGAGUAAGCUCCGAAAACAUGCGUGCUAGUAUUUGGCAAGCUCGUGUUGCCGAGGCUCAGAUGGAGUACUUGAAAGACACCCCCGACUUGAUCAUGAAGAUCAACAAUCUUAACUUCUUGGCUGUCUCGCAAGCUGCAUUGGGUAGUCCGAGCCCUCCUGAUACUGAUGAAUCUGAUUACGAAAACGAAGCACCUGGAAGUGUUCAACUCCUGGACACGGUGCUGUCCAAACUAGUGACUCCAAAGCACGGACUCUGGAGACAACAGUCACCUGUACAAAAUGGAGCUAGUUCGGGACUCUGGGUUGGGGUAGUUAAAAGGCCUCAAGCAACUGAUGAGGUUCAAGAUCUUCCGGGUCUGUCGAUGCGCCCGAAUAUUCGAAAGGCCCGAGACUCUUUGACUAUCGAAAGUUCGCGACUAUGGGAAAAGCCCUCGGAGACUAAAAGCACGGGGAUCACAAAUGGUCUAUGGAAGAAGUACGUUCCGUCGCAGGAUCUUGGCGUCGCUGCUCGCCCAGUCACUAUGCGUCCGCCUCGAAAGAACAAGCGUGUUACCCUCUUGCCUGAUAUCCUGGAAAACCCCGAACCUCUACCGGACAAACGUGGGACUUUGGGUCUCUUCCAGUUUCCCUGGGGUGAAAAGAGCGAUGUUGCUAGUAUCCAACCCCGGCCUGCUCGUAUGUAUGGGGCCAUGCCGGGAACUAUGACUACAGGAGGUCCAGUUAUGAACGCCUCUCUAGACGCCAGAUCCAGGCAGUUGGAAGCGGAAGAGUUCACAACAUCCUUCUUUGACGACUAUGAAGCAGAAGAAGAAGGCGACAACUUUGACUUCUCAGACAGUGACGAUGGAGAAGACUUCGACGAGAAUACUCUCUGGGAGAUUGCAAGUCUCUUGAAAACUGAAAGGUUGCCCUCUAAGAAUAGUUUGCUUCCUCAGCCGUUCCAGGACCCUUCACCAACACACUCUCCUAUAUAUUCUAACAAUGAAACUGAAAUGCUAACUGAAGAUGACUACCGUGAUGAUGGACUGGUAGCAGAGGAACCUAUUCCAGAGGAUCGCCCCGAAUCUGAAUCUCUGUUAUGGACUACUGGGUCAACAGUCCUAGAAUCCCAUACUUUUGGUCUACGCCAGCCGGAGCCUGCUGUCUGGAAUACUUACAUUCCCGAGGCAGUAAAAACUGUUCGAUCCGCCCCUCGUAUCGAAGACAUUAUCCCCAUUCAAAGCCAUAAUUUGUGGGCGCCAAUUUCGAGAAACAAUACCCUGCCACAAUCUGGACUACUCUGGGGUGCAAGCAAUGCAGUCCACCAAAAACCACUCGUUUCGUCGGAGGCGAAAAUAGUCUCUGCAUUCACCAAACCAUCUCUUUGGAUUCAACCUGCGGUUUCUCUAGUUUCAGAAAUCUCAGGAUUGUUCAACACCAACCACUCCAGGAGAGAAUACCGCAGAACUUCAAAAGAGCCCGCUGCCCUUUUGAUGAUGAGGAAACCUCGCGCUAUAGCGACGCCGUUGGAAAAUCUAAUUUCGAAAUCUCUUUGGACUGGCGAGGUUACAGGUAAAAAUUUACUGACCUGGGAGAAACCCGUCGUUGUAAAUGUGCCCGAGCGCGAUGGCCUAUUUGAGAACAACAUGUCUAGGACUGAUUACCGAAGAACUACGAAGGAGCCUGCUGCCAUCUCCAUGAAAAGGGCUCCCCGUAUGAUUAAGGAGCCAUUAGUCAACUUGCAAACAGAUGGUCUGUGGUCUCGGGAGAUUUCGGUCUCAGACUCUGUUAAUGGCACUUGGCUUUUUAUGCCUAAGCCCACUUCUCGUUCAGUUCAAAAGGAAUUAGUGCUCAAAGCUCAGACUCCUUUAUUAUGGGAGUUGCCGGAAACAAACUCAGAACCCGAACAUGAAGGCCUAUUCAACGUUAAUAUCACGAGAGGCAACUACCGUAAUACUUCUAAAAUCCCAGCUGCCAUUUCCAUGUCAAAGAAACCUCGCUCGAUCAAGGAGCCAUUGCCAUCGAUUACAUCAACUGGUCUCUGGGCUGAGAUGUCUCCAGAACGCGAACUCCCCAUUUCUGUACCUGAGCCCCUCUCUGUAUGCGAACAGGCCCCGGUGUCACCUCAGACGAAUUUACUGUGGGAAAUGCCCACUCUAUCAUUCCUGGGGUCGGAUCAUGAAGGUCUAUUCGACGCCAAUGUCGUGAGAGCUGAUUAUAAGAGGACAUCCAAGGUCCCGGCCGGUAUCAACAUGACUCAAAGGCCUCGUAAGGCGGAAGAAUCCCUUGCGACCUUAACAAGUACAAAACUCUGGGAUGUUCAACCUAGAUUGAUUCAUGUUACUACUGACCUGGGUGUUUCAUUAUGGAAUAAACCCACUCUGUCGAUGCCCAUCGUGUCCGGUUUAUUCCAGCUUGACCCAACCCGCAAGGAAUAUCGAACUACCCCAGCAGAGCCAGCCGCACUCUAUAUGGUUCGAAAAGCUCGUCUUGUUACUGAGCCCAUCCCAAGGCUUGAAUCGACCCGUCUUUGGAGUAGCAGUCAAAUCAACUCAGUCGAGCUGGAUUGGAUUACGAUUUCUUCCGUACGACCCCGAAGCCCCUCUGUGGCUUCCGUGUCUACAGCAAGCUCUGCUCCAUCAUCGCCUACGAGUGAUUCAUCUUCUGUCAAGACAAGCACUACGAAAGCGUCUUCGGCCAAGAGCACCAGCAGCUUCUUCAGCGGAUGGUUUGGAAAGAAGAAGGGAUCGAAAUCUGCCAAGACCCCCGAGGAUUCUACACCAAAGGUAGCACCUGAAAUCCCGGCCGUGCCCGAGCUUCCUGAGGAGUUUGCAGUGAAGAACUUGGACGAAAUCCCCCACAAAAAGCCGGAACGUACCCCUCUCCGUCAUCUGCACUGCCCUAACGUUGCAUAUCGCGCGGAUUGGGAUGGCGCCCUCCGCGAAGCCAUCGUUGCUAGCUACCCCGGGUCCAUGGUUGCACUACGAGCUUCCUACCCCAAAGAUUGGGAAAUGGCGCUUCAGGAGGCUGUCAAAGCUAGCCAUGUGCCACCCAAGGUCAUUCGCAAACCUGCCUCUCCCCGGGAUUGGUCCGCCGCACUUCGUGAAGCUGUUAUCGCCUCAAACCCCGAUAUCAGGUUCUCGCGAGGCCAAACUAUCCCCGCACAGUGGAAGGCUGAACUCCAAGAAGCUAUUGUCAGCAGCUACCCUCAGCCCGAUCACUUCGACGUCACCGUUCGCCACCCUGUCUUCAUGGGUUCUCUAGACACGAUGGCCGAGACAAUUCACCCGGCAGUCGGCCCGAGGAUGUUAAAACGGAGAGGAACUCAGAGCUCUCCAAGCCAACCUGCUGAGCUCGAUGUCGCUAUAAGACAUCCUGUUUUCUUUGGCUCCAUGGAAACCAGCACCGAGACAGCCCAUCCCGCAAUUGAUCCGAAGAUGUUGAAGCGCAGCGUCGCCCGUGAUGCACCUUUACUCUGGGCUAACCAGCCAGCUAAGACAACGUCUACUAUCAAGGACGGCCUGUGGGCUUCUAAUGGCUCCGAGCCUCAGGCACAAACACAAUCAUCUUCUGGAAUUGAAGUUGAUAUGGUUCGUCGCAAUUUGCGAAAAGUGAAUGGGUCUUUCCGCAGUGGCAAGGUCGAGGUUCAAUCUGACUUCAGCAAGCAAGGCAUGUGGAAGCUUAGCCGAAGCAGCAGUGAAGUUUCUCGGUCUCAGGAAAGGGACUGGUUAGUCGACUCGAUGAAGAAGCGCUUUUCGCGUGUCGAGCUGAGAUAUUAAGAAGUAGGGUUUUGCAAGGGGUCGGUGUUAAGGAGCGUCAUGUUUAAGAGCGUACCUGCGUAUACCCGUUCAGACAUGUACAACAUCUAAUCGCCAGCAGGCCACAUCAUACCAUUCUUUUAUUCCCUUUUGAUUUUUCGCGUUGAUUUUUAGCAUCUAUCAGCAUGUACUUAACGCAGCGUCACGCUUGACGAAAUCGAAAUAGCAAGUCUGAAAAAGUUAUUUGAGAAUUUACAUUGAUAUUUCCACAGCUGCAUAUUAAUUCAAUCUUCUUUACACUGCUUGGUUACCAAGGAUAGCCCUCAUCUCCAUUAAAGCCACUCGAUUGUCCGUAAGUAUGACUCGUCUUCGAGUUUUCGACCAUCAC